GAAAAGCGAACCUCGUGACAAUACCCUCAGUCAUUAAACAAUGCCAACGCCUCAUUUCGCGGGAGCUGAUCUUAAUAGCCUCUUCUUCAUCAGUGUGCCUGACAACUCAUGCUGCAUCACUGGACAGUGCGCCCUCCAUACUUGCUGCUCUUCACAGCCCUCUUCCUCGUCACUGUGCUUAAUAUCUCAUACUGCACCACAGGGGUCCCCUCAUUCUCCACAAUUCAUGCUCUUGUUGCCUCCUUCUCUGGUCGCACAUCUAGCCACUCUUCAACGUGGGCUGAGAUUUGGCUCCGAGUAUUUCUCUCUAGUGUGUAAGUGCGCUGCUGUGCACAAAAAUCCUUCAGUGCAAUUCUAACAAUCUGUGCCUGCAUUUCGACAAUAGGGUCUCCUGCAGACAACUCCGAGAUGUACCGGGGAGGCCACAGGUAUUGCCCCAGAUCCGUGCCUUCCAUGAGUGCUCCCUUCUCUGCACGCGUGCAAGCCCCGGUUGUCUCAGGAAACAUCCCCAGGGGUCACCAUAAACCGGAGUAAAUGUAGCCGCGUCCUCGAUUUUCCUGCAAGUUUGGAAGAUUGUACGUUAUGAUCAACCUGAGAGUGCGACAUCGUCACCACUGGAGGUGGUAGCGCUGCGUUUUCGAACCUGCUGAACUGAGCCUCGAACAUCGCGGGGGCUUCACAGCUGGCAUCGAGAAAUUACAAUGUCCAGAAUCGACCGAUCGGUGGAGCUUGACCGAUCUGCAGUGCUACUCUCAAGAUGCUGGGAAUUGCAAUCGACGGCAAAGCCUAGAACGGCGGAUACCAAAGCAUCGCCUGUGAGAGCUCCUCCCCAUGUUCGUUUGGACUUUAUGAGCCUGCAGCGGUCUUCUAAAACGUCGACACCACCCGACGGGUUCGAGCCCCAGGCUGACGGGGUUCUGAAGCUCUCCGCGCUGUACCUGGCCGAGAAGCUCUUCAAGAAGCUGAACAAGCUGCGGAAGCGAUCUGUGUUCCCAGGAGGAUGUCCAACCAUUAAGGACCAACACCGCAAGGGGCGGCAUUCUCUUGAGAGAAAUGUGGAGAGGCGCAGCAGCUACGAAGAUGCGGAAUCUGAGCUCAGCGCAGAUAUUGUGAGCACUGGCAGUGUCACACCGACAUCGUCUUCGAGGAUUAGUUCUUCAUCGUUGGAGUCGCUGGUGACGACAGACAGUGUAAUUUCAAGCGUCGCACCAGGUUCCGCCUCCCACACACCGGGCUCCCAAGUAAUGGCGAACAUGCUGCUCGCUUUCAUAGCUGCUUUGAACGACGACGAAGAUAUUGAAUUCGAGGACAUGGCAGACUUGGAAGCUGACGAGUAUCUGUUUGAUGGGCCCCGGGAAUCAGCUUGGCAUCAGCCUAGCGAGCUGCAUGAGUUGUUGACAAAGCAAGAGUGGCGGAUGAUACGCUACGGUCAUGUGCAAGGAAAAUCAAGCACCGGCAGCGUCGUCAGCCAGAUCUCCAAAACGGCCUCCACAGGCACUGAUUACAAUCGGCCACAAAUAUUUCUUGACAGCAGGAACCAACACGAAGAAUUCAAGCCAUGGAACCUUCCUCCCUCGUCUGGAUCAGUGCUGCGAGAACCGAAACAUGAAUGAUUUGUAUCUGGACUGCCAGUGGGUUCAAGAACAGUUGCGCCCUCAUCUGGAGGCUUCUGUGGUUGAAGUUUAUGAAUUCGAUCCCACCGCUAGUGAUAGUUAACUGAAGAAUUGGUAGCAUCUAGCAUUUGUUUCGCGAUGAAUUCAUGUUUGUGUUCAAUUCUCGUACAUUGUUGCACUGCAACAUCUAGGAAUUCCACAUAUAUGUUGUUGUUGUUGUCAGACUCUACCUACGAGGAUAUUCGGUAUAGAAUAAUUGCAGAGAACUGUCUCUGUAUCCAAGAGUGUUCCCGGUUUCCUAGAAGUGUUGUGUUACCUUGACAUCAGUGAUAUCGCUGUGUCGGUGGUUUAUUGUAAGUUUGAAUUUGUUUGAAUUUUUUUGUUGAAGUCUUGCUUCACAGCUAAAAUGCGGCUUCAAUUUCAACAUGGCUUUCUACUA